AUCGGAGGCAAAGUCCUUCCUAUAAAGACGAAGCCAUGGCGCGCGGCUUCGGCCGGGGAGGAUCCAUCUCCGUAUACGCCCUUUGGCUGUAGGUCGUCCGGCGAGCGGAGAUGGUGGCGAGGAUGAUGAGGUGGCUGCCGUGGCCGCCGCUGCAGUCCAAGAAGUACGAGGUGCGGGUGGUUGUGCGCAGGAUCGAGGGGGUGCCGGUGGCUGGGGCGGCCACGGGAGCCAGGGCGGCGGCGGAGGUGAGGUGGAAGGGGCCGAAGACGGCGCUCAGCUCGCUGCGGCGUGGACGGGUGAGGCGGAACUGGACGAGGGAGGAGGAGGUGAGGGAAGGGGGCGUCGUGGAGUGGGACGAGGAGUUCCUCACUGCUGCCACUCUCACCGCUCACAAGGAGAAAGGCGCCUUCCUUCCAUGGGAGAUCGCCUUCUCUGUCUUUACGGGUAAAGGUCCCAGGAACAAGUGCUCUGUGAUCGGAACAGCUUCUUUGAACCUGGCAGAAUUUGCUUCAGCUGCUGAAGAAAAAGAGAUGGAGAUCAAUGUUACGCUGUUGCCUCCGGGUGUCACUACUGAGUCCCAUCCAGUAUUAUAUUUAGCACUUAGCUUGUCGGAAUUGAGAACCGUACGAGAAUCAAUAGAGGUAGUGCAGAGUUCUAUAGUUCCAGUUCCCUCGUCACCUCCCUCCUCCAGUCCUUUCCCUUCCGAGACCGACGAGCCUUCUGCUCGUAAAGAUGGAUUGAGAAAAAUUAAUAUACUUAAAGCUUUAAUAUUACGUCGAAAAGCAAAAAUGGGAUGCAAAGAUAAUUAUGACAGUGAAGAGAAGUGCUCUCCUAGGAAUAAUGAUGCAGAAGAUGCAUACCCAUGUGACGCAGACUCACUUGAAGAUAGUCACAAAGAUUUAGGAGGAAGCAAGGAUGAUUCCAGUGAAAGAAAAUCUUUUAGUUAUGGAACCUUGGCAUCUACACACUACAUCGAGGGAUCAUUUUACUCCGACAUGUUGAUAAAUAAGGACUACGAGAAUUUGAUUCACUACGGUCAAGAAAAAUCAGAUGUCAGUUAUUCACAUGUUGAGGAGGCAACAGCAUCUUUAUCUGAGCAGCCUGUUCCUUACAUUUUAAGGAGAAGUAUCCUUUCUUGGAAAAAGAGUAGGCUUAACUUGAGAUCUCCAAAGUUUAAGGGGGAGCCUCUGCUAAAGAAAUCAUAUGGAGAAGAAGGUGGGGAUGACAUUGAUUUUUAUCGUCGUCGGCUUACCUCUUUAGAAGGAUCAACCUGUGUGGUGAAUCAUUAUGACACUUCAAUGGCAAAUUGGUUACCAGCACAUGACUUCGGUGAUGAUAGUUUUACGAUAGGAAGCUGGGAACUGAAGGAGGUAGUAAGCCGUGACGGUUCCUUCAAGCUCUGUACCCAAGCUUUCCUUGCAUCAAUUGAUCAGAGGAGUGAGCAAGCAUCUGGUGAAAGUGCUUGCGCUGUGCUUGUUGCUGUUAUCGCUGACUGGUUUCAGGCCAAUCCCCAUAUGAUGCCCAUCAAGUCGCAAUUUGACCACCUCAUACGAGAAGGUUCUUUAGACUGGAGGACCCUUUGCAAGAACCAGACAUACAGGGAACGUUUUCCUGACAAGCACUUUGACCUUGAAACAGUCCUUGAGGCAAAAGUUCGACCACUUUCUAUUGUCCCUGCAAACUCUUUUGUGGGCUUCUUUUGUCCUGAAGGAACUGAGGACAGUGAAAGCUUCAAGUUCCUAGACGGGGCAAUGUCCUUUGACAACAUAUGGGAUGAAAUCAAGCGAGCUGGAUCAGGCGGUUCUUCUGAUGGUUUUCCUCAUCUUUACAUUGUCAGCUGGAAUGAUCACUUUUUCAUUCUAAAGGUCGAGCGUGAUGCUUACUAUAUUAUAGACACACUAGGGGAGAGACUUCAUGAAGGGUGCAACCAAGCUUACAUUCUCAAGUUUGAUGACACCACAACGAUUCACAGACAUAAAAAUGAAAACAAACCUGGCAGCAGCACGGCACGGGAUUCUGAAACUCAGAUUCAGCAGAACAAUGGAAUAAAGGAGGAAUUUUCUGGGGAGCUAGUGGUUAGGAACCCCAAUUUGGAGGAUGAGCUUAUAUGCCAAGGAAAGGAGUCCUGCAAGGAGUACAUCAAGAGCUUCCUGGCUGCUAUUCCAAUCAGGGAACUCCAAAUUGAUCUAAGGAAAGGACUGACAACUUCUACACUAAUUCAUAACCGUCUUCAGAUAGAAUUUCAUUACACUGAGAAACUCGAAGAGAUAUCGGCAGAACUCCGACCAGCAUCAGAAUCAACUGUCACGUUUUUGUACUCAGCAGAAUGGGAUUCUGAAUUUUCCUCUCCAACAGAAUCAGAUCUUGAGCCUUCAUGGACAAGAGAGGUAACUCCUGAUAUCUCAUGGCCAGUAGAGUCAGCUGCAGAGUUCUCAUGGCCAGUAGAGCCGGCAGCAGCAUUUUUCCUAACACCGUCUGUAAAUUUAGAAGUUGAGGUCGUUUAGAUCUCGAUUCCUUGCCGUUUACGCAAGGAUUUUUUUUCCUUUUUCGCUUUCAAAACUCUCUGUUAACUUGCUGUUCAAAUGUUGAUAUUUGGGUGGGUAGAGUCACUUGCUCAGCUAUUGAGAGAGCUUUUUAGUAUUUCCAACUGUAUGUAAUGCUUCUAAACUCGCGUGAUUUUGUUUCCGGGGUUAUUGUACAUGCAAGAAAGCUCACUGUUCAUAUUGUAAAUGCAAGAUGAUACUUUCUUAAAGAAUUUUAUGAGAUGUUUGGAUCA